AAGUCCGAUUUGCUAUUGGUUAGCACAUAAUUCGCUGUAACUUUAUUUUUUAUGUUUAUGGCACCUGGUAUUCCCAGGUGGUCUCCGGUCCCAGUGGCCGAUGGUAUAUAUUUUUUCUCCCCGAAUUAGGUCCCUUGGCUCAUCUCUGCAACUACUCAAUGGGAUCGGGAGAGGUGAAGGUCGAGUCAUGUGUCCUCCGAAAACAUGACCCUCCUGGCCGCCUACCUCUGCUCAACACUGCUCGCUUAAACCGGAUGUUAGGCAAGCCCCAUCAGCCAAACCAUCCCCUACCGCGGACGGCGCUGGGCCAGUUGUUCGCAAAACCUGGGAUCAAACCCCAGGCUGUUGACGUCGCUCAAACUUAUCUUCGUUCAAAUGAUAAGGGGUUGUACAUAUCAUGUGACAUUCCUAAAACUGUACCUGCCUUUCAGCGAGAAGCAACGCCCACAAGCCAAGCACAAUGGAUAGGUAACGGUUAACUUUGAUGGAAAACAAAAGUAGCCAAACUAAACCACAUCCGUUUCACGUGACAUGGAAGGCUUUAAGAAUUUAUUGGAGACGAAAAGGGAACCAAAUAUUUAGAAGUUGCGCGUCACAAUCCACGGGGAUUCCACAGAGGGCUGAUCACUGCAGAACUGCGUAUUCAUGCAAAUUCAAUAAAUCAUAGGCGGGCCUUAGGCGAUGGAGUCACAGCCCGAACACAGAACUCCUGGUAUACCAACGAGCACCAAAGACGGCGAUGCGCACAGCUCGGAUACACUGAGUGAUAACCGAUGAGGAAACGUUUCAGCCCUUUAAAGAAAGGAAAAAGGCAGAAGUGACGGCUAUCUUUGAGAGAAGAUCUUAUUCACUGUCCUCCCUUAUCUCACGACAAAAGACGCGCGAGUCAACCGGAGUACGCAGCUGUCAUUUCUUUACUGCGCAUUGAGUAGCCUAGCCUAUUUCGCCUUGAUUUGAUUUAUGUUACAGUAUAAUAUAGAGGACAUACUGCACUCUGACUGAAGAUACCGAUGUGGAGGAAGUUGACAUUGCCCCUCUAUAGCCUACUGUCACUGCGCGUAAAAUCCACAUUUGGAUACGGACCUAUCGCUAAAGAAACUUCAUAGUCAAUUGCCGUUUAAUUUUCUCCACAAUGUCUGAAGAAGAUAAUAGCUGCACUGGUGCUAGUACUAUAGCUGAGGUUGAAAGCAGCAAUAUCAGCGUUCUCGGCUGGGAACAAGUGCAGCGCCUUGAUGCCAUCCUGACGGAGACCAUUCCCAUCCACGGCCGGGGAAACUUCCCCACUUUGGAGAUGAAACCCCGACAAAUAGUGAAAGUGGUGCGUAGUCGCAUGGAGGAGAGGAAUAUCCACGUCCGGGACGUGCGGCUUAACGGGUCUGCUGCAAGCCACGUUCUUCAUGAGGAUAGCGGACUGGGCUACAAGGACCUUGACCUAAUCUUUUGCGCGGAUAUGAAAGGGGAAAGUGAUUUUCAGAUUGUGAAGGAUAUCGUUUUGGACUGUCUCCUGGACUUCUUACCUGACGGGGUGAAUAAGCAAAAAAUAUCACCAUUGACUUUAAAGGAAGCCUAUGUGCAGAAGAUGGUGAAGGUGUGCAAUGAUUCAGACCACUGGAGCCUCAUCUCCCUCUCCAAUAACAGAGGCAAGAACGUGGAGCUCAAGUUCGUAGACUCUCUGAGGCGGCAGUUUGAGUUUAGCGUGGACUCCUUCCAGAUCAAGCUGGACUCCCUGCUGCUAUUCUAUGAAUGCUCUGAGAACCCCAUGGCCGAGACCUUCCAUCCCACCAUCGUGGGUGAGAGUGUGUUUGGGGACUUUGGUGCUGCCCUCGACCACCUACGCCAGAAGGUGAUCUGCACCCGCAACCCAGAGGAGAUCCGGGGCGGCGGCCUGCUCAAGUACUGUCACCUGCUGGUAAGGGGCUUUCACGCCGACUCCGAGACGGAGAUGAAGUCCCUGCAGCGUUACAUGUGCUCGCGCUUCUUCAUCGACUUCUCGGAUAUCAGCGAGCAGCAGCGCAAGCUGGAGUCCUACCUGCAAAACCACUUUGUGGGCCUGGAAGACCGCAAGUACGACUACUUGAUGACCCUGCAUGGGGUGGUCAACGAGAGUACGGUGUGCCUGAUGGGACAUGAGAGGCGGCAGACACUGGGGCUGAUCGCCAUGCUGGCGGUGCGCGUGCUGGCCGAGCAGAACUUCAUCCCGAACGUGGCUAACGUCACCUGCUACUACCAGCCAGCCGCCUACGUGGCAGAUGGUAACUUCAGUAACUACUACAUAGCCCAGGUACAGCCCAUGUUCCACUGCCAGCGGCAUGCCUACUCCACCUGGCUACCCUGCAACUGAGACAGCACACGGGGAGGAAGGAGUGAGAGAGAAAGAGGGAGGGGAGAGUCUGAUUCAUUUAUCACUGUAAAGUGUUUUUCAGAUGAAUGAAUGAGAAAAGGGUAUCCCCAUGCCCCACCAUCCUGUAUUGCAUUUAAAUGUGUUGUUAUGUUUUGUUAGAGUGUGACGCUGGGGGGGGGGGGAUAACAGCUGGGUCUCAGCUCCUGUGAGGUCCAUCUUAAACCAAUGGCAGGACAGUUUACUGUGAAAAUGCCACCCUGUCUGACACACAACCCAAGCUUGGGAAGUAUGGGAUGGUGUUUUGCCCAAUACAAUGCAUGGACAAGAGUGAAAUCCGCAACAAUACUUUCAUUGACCCUGACCUGGAUUGACUGACUCUGAUGCGAACUGAAAAUGCUGUGGAAUUGAGCGACAGACGGAACAUAGUGUGGCUGCAUCUGUGUCCUGUGGUGUCCAGCUGCCUCCUUGGCCGUGAGGAGGAUGCAGGCCCCUUUGCUCCCUUGAGGGGUGUGCGGCUUGCACCCUGACGCGCGCUGGGCCAUGUCCCAGCAACACAGGGGUUACUAGAGCACCAUAAAACUCUCUUUAUUUCUGUUGAGGUGAGAUGUCAUCACGAGCUUGGAAUGACAGAAACUACACCUUAACUAGUAAUGAUUGAUAUGAACAUGAUGAUGUGUUUACAAACCAAAGAUUUUUCAUUUAUUGUUUUUAAUACCCACGUUUGGUGGGGAAGAAAACAAAUGUAUAAUGCAAUCUAUAUUUGUAUAUGUGAACGUGUUUUAAGUGCCUAACGCCUAUCAGUAGUAUAGGCAGAGGAAUAAUGAGCAGUAGGCCAUAUCGUUUUGUGAAUAAAUCCAGUCUGGUUUUCGUCAGGCACACAAGACAAUAGCACCCCAGAGGCUUGUGAAUGUGACCGUAAAAUCCCGAUUCAAAUCCUGAUACAGUCUGUGUUGAUGUCAUAUUUUUUGGGAAGAAAACAACAUAUCCCCUUGCAGUCAGAGUAUUAGUCGAUGGGGGAGAGAUGGGGUGUUACUGUACUUUGUACAAAGUAGUUUGACAGGUUCAUACAGAACCUUGCGUUAACAUUUGCAGAUAUUUUAACCAUUCCAGCACCUCCCCAUAGGUGCGUUGAAGCCACAGAGAUGAGAGCGUUGUUUGCAGUUGCUCUCCCGUAGUCAUUUUCAGACAAACUCCAGGGGAAUAUUAGUUUGUGCCGAGGUGGUUUAAUGUUGUUUUGUUGUUGUUCAUCUUGACCGCUUUGGUGAGCUUUUCAGAUAUCCGCGUUAAAGAAAGGCAACAUCCUGUAGUUUUCAGUUUCAUAAGGAUUACUGUAUAUUCAGUUUCACAUGGUUUUAAACUUUACUGUAUUUUGUAUUGGGGUGCUUCUCUUUUAAUUCACCUUUUUGUAGCAAGUUCACAGCAGGCUGAGGGAAUGAAAAACCUGUGUCGGGAAGAAAUAGACGCAUAAGGAAAGAGAGACCGAUCGGAUCAAAGGGCAAAGAGGCAGUCGGGGAGUUCCUGUGCUGCCUUCUAGUAUGAUAUUUGCUGGGACACCUGUGAUGGGACAUUAUUUGCUGUAACACUCUAGCAGGGAAGUACGCAGCUGCCAAAGAGGUUGAACUUAUCUGGGCUGUGUCUGCAGUGUAUUGCGCUCGCUUUGGGUGGGCUCAAACCUACCAGCAAACGUUGUGUCAAAUGUUUAUCUGCCGCUUGCCCAAUGUUGAAUGAGUGUUCGGCCAUUUGUCGAUGGCGAGAGAGGUUGAGGACGUGUUGUUUUUAAUAUCGAAGUACAGAUACUGAGCGGGGGGGGGAGGGACAGACGCUCUAGGGACAGAAGUAAAAUGCGAGAGGCAGGAAGCUGGGCUGGGGAGAUGGGUGCAGCUGGUGAAGGGGUUUGUCUUGCUUUCACCACAGACCGACAUACAGACAGAUAUACCGUGGUAAUACCUCUUUCUCCCAUCUUAAGAUGACCUAAGCAGAGAGAAUAGGCAGGGGGGAGAGAGAGAGGUCCUGGUACACACAGCACAACUUUAGGGAGGUAGUCUAUUUAAGCCUAGCUUGACCUCUUAUGUCAAGGGGCCUCUUCUCUGGGGGACUGAACAGAUAUCCUCGCAUGCCUUAUGAGCUUUGAUAACAUUUCCUGGGUUGGUGCACUGCCAUGGUAUUACUGUAAAUAACCUUAUUUUUUUUUAAAUGAGGCUAGGUUAGGCAGUGGUUGCAUGAUCUAACUGCUACGCUGUAAGGUCCGAGCCCAUGGGGAAAUACUGUCUGAUGCUAAUUCAGUUUCUCUAAUGCCAUCUCUCAAACAUAACAUCUGAAAUAUGUUCCUCAGCUGAUAGGAAUAGAUUUUUGACACGAAGAGGAAAAUGAACGAUGAUUCAUCACCAAUAUUGUGGGUCUUGGGGUGAGAGACAGUGUUAUUAAAAAUAGCAACAUCGUUGUGCACUAUACAAAUCUAAAGUGUGUAUCUUUAGAGAAGAAUAAACGGUGUUUCCCCUUUGGGUGGGAUUCCUGGGCUUCCCGCUUCUGUACAAAUGGGUCAUGUCACAACUCUUUAGGGCGUCUUAAGGAAACUACUCUCUUUGUCUCCACUGAUGAGAUCUUACUCUUGUCCUCUCUCCUCUCCCCUCACUCCCAUAAUGUGCAAGCAGUAAUGCAGCCCCCUUAGGGAGAGAGUGAAUGGACAUCUAAUGGAGUUCUACAGGGCGGAGGCACUUCCAAAGGGGAUGUGAAACGACUUCGGUGACCACUGUGUGACUGUCACCUGGGUGGUCAAGAGAACAGAGAGAAAUGCACUCGACUCAAAUCAUUCUGUACUCCUUUUUCCCUAUUUUGCUAUUUCACACAUUCUGUUCAAACAUCUUUCUUUUUGACUGUGUACAUUUGGAUGAUAUCGUCUGGAUCGUGCAGGCGGUGUGUAUUCCCAUCUCUUCUCACUCUGUGAAAUUGGCUCAGAACAGUUAAGCCAGCACCAGUCUACCAUGUAGUUGGCAAGCAACACACAGGCUACUAUGGGUUGCUGCAUUGUCUUGUAUGCAUUGUUUCAACUUGUCACCUCCUAUUCAUGCAGUCUUUAUCCAUCAAACCAACAAAAAUAGAAAAAGAGCCUGCCUCGUAUUUUUUUAUGAUUGUUAUUUUUUACAACUGUAUCAGACCAUGUUGCCGCGCUUUGGAGUCUGUGAUCAGUUUGCAAAAUAUCAUUUCUCAGCUUACAUUUUUUUUCCAGAUCUUGUUAAUGCCUGUUUUGAAGAUAAAGGAUGUUUCAUCAUAAAAAUAAAAAAAAUGAAAACCAAA